AUGAUUUCUUCAAACACGUUACUUUUUAAUAAAAAAAAUUCUGUUUAUUAUAGAGAGAAACAUCAUUCUCUCUCUUUACCUUCACCUCCACCUUCACCUCAUGAAUCAGCAUUGAAAGGACUAUUCGGAAUCAGUGAAGUGUUAUCUAAAUUUGACUCCAUCAAUAAUACAUUGCUUAACUCACAACAAAAUGAAACGGAAAAUACUUUUUUUCCUUCUAUAAAAUGUUUAUUAGACGCACCAAUCAAUGAUUUAGACAAUAUUAGAAAAACAAAAUCGAUAAAUAAAACAACGCCAUCACAUUGCCUUUCUAGAUUUUCAUUAUCUAACGCUAAGUCAUCCCCACUUAAGACAAGUCACACGAUGACUGAGUUAAUCUUUAAUGAUAAUAACUCGUCUUAUUACACUAAUCAGGAUAAAAAUAAUAUAAUCACUUGUAGAACCUCUGUUAAUCGGCAGUACAAUAUCUUUAGGAAUAUUUAUCCACCUCAAACCUCCAGCAUAGGUUCGUCUUUAAUAACUCCUAAAAUUGACGAUCCUAUUAAUUCUCCAAAAUUUUCAUUCAUGCAAUCUCAGCCUGUACUUGAACCUGAAUCAUACGAACAACAGCGUCAGAGAAGUAUCCAAAUUAAACGCUCAGGUACCUCUGCACCUCAACGCAAACGAAAGGGAAAUAGCCUAGCUAGAGUAAUGGCUGAUCAAGGACUUUUAGAAUCAGUUUUCAAUACCAAUAUUACUUCAAAUGAUAUAAAGUCAGUUCGAAUACCACCACCGCUUCCGAUGCAAUUUGAUGAAUUAAUUUCUAAUAUCAAUGCACUUGAACUUGAUACUGAUGCAUUAGAAAAGAUAUCUCCUGAAAUUUCUUGGAAAGGACAACCAUUAUCUAUCGCACAUUUACCUCACUAUAACGCUCUGCACCCUACAGAAGCACAUAUAGUGUCUAUUCUUCGUCUCACGCCAAUACAAUAUUUAACUGGGAAACAUACACUUAUUUCAGCAGCUCACAGAUACGCUCAAAAAGCACUCCCAUUCAAGAAAAGUGAUGCGCAAAAGCUACUCCGAAUUGAUGUUAAUAAAGCUAGUAAACUGUGGGAAUUUUUUCAUCAAGUUCAUUGGAUCUAG